AUGCAUUGUAGCGUGGAGGAUAAUCAGUUUCUAAGAAAAUGUCGGAAGCUAGAAGAUGACAUUCCGUUGCCAAAGAAAGGAACCUGUACGGAAAAUGAAGAGACAUGCGAGAGAUACUGUACCAGAACUACUCGUAGAGAUGAAACUGGUCGAUACAAUGAGCGUCUACCGGUGAAGAACGAAGUUCCCGACGAGAAGAAUUCCUGGCAAACACCUGAAAAAAGAACGUAUUCAUUAGAACGAAGACUGAAGAACGGCAAGCUGAAACAGAAGUACACAGAGGUUACUAAUGAAUAUGUUGGGAUGAAUUUGGAUCACGGUGAAGUUUCUCCAACCGCGGCUGAGAAGAUAUUUGCAGACUUUUAUGUGGACGAUCUCAUGAUGGGUUGUGAAAUUGUCGAUCAGGGGAUUCAACUUUACAGAGAAAUGAAUAUGACAUUUUGCGACAGAAAUGCAAUCUACACGUAUUGCGGCAUCGUACUCGUCGCCAUCAACCCCUACUAUGACUUACCUAUUUACGGCGAUGAAACCAUCAUGGCUUACCGCGGGCAGUCGAUGGGUGACCUGGACCCUCACAUCUUUGCGGUGUCGGAGGAGGCUUUUACUAAGCUCGAGCGGGAGCGACGGGACCAGAGCAUUAUUGUGAGCGGCGAAUCUGGCGCAGGCAAGACGGUAUCGGCCAAAUAUGCGAUGCGAUACUUCGCGGCGGUCGGAGGGAAUGCUAGCGAGACGCAGGUUGAAAGGAAGGUGCUGGCUUCCAGUCCUAUCAUGGAGGCGAUAGGCAACGCCAAAACAACCCGCAACGACAACUCGUCUCGCUUCGGCAAGUUCAUCGAGAUCCACUUCGACAACUCGUACCGGAUAUCCGGUGCCAGUAUGCGGACUUACCUCCUGGAGAAGUCGCGUGUUGUCUACCAGAGCUCCGGCGAGCGGAACUACCACGUGUUCUACCAGCUUUGCGCGGCGGCCGCCAGCUUGCCCGGCCUGCAGCUAGACCACCAAGACUCCUUCCACUACUUAAACCAAGGCGGCAGCCCUGACAUCGACGGGGUCGACGACCUCCGAGCCUUCAAUGAGACCAAAAACGCACUUACUACUUUAGGAGUGACAGAAUCAGAGCAGCAGGAUAUGUUCACGAUCCUGUCCGCCAUUUUACAUUUGGGCAACAUCCAGUUUUACGAACACGACCCGGACGCCGCGCCCGAUACCGAGUGUGAAGACGGCGCUUAUAUCAGUUCAAACGACAAGCACCUGGCGAGGGUAUGUUCACUGCUGGGAGUGUCGAGCGUGGAACUACGGCGUUGGUUGACGCACCGCCGCAUCACUUCUGCUCAUGAGGUCAUAGUGUCCCGUACGGACGUAUCCCGUGCGAUGUUCUCACGGGACGCGCUAGCGAAGAGACUAUAUGGAGAAUUGUUCGCGUGGGUAGUCUGUGCGGUCAACAGGGCGCUCGAUACGGGACACGCUAAGAAGCACUUUAUUGGUGUGCUGGAUAUCUACGGCUUCGAGACGUUCGAGAUCAACUCUUUCGAGCAGUUCUGCAUCAACUACGCCAACGAGAAGCUGCAGCAGCAGUUCAACUCGCACGUGUUUAAGUUGGAGCAGGAUGAGUAUAUCAAGGAGGAGAUAUCCUGGAAAAUGAUAGACUUCUACGACAAUCAGCCGUGCAUAGACCUGAUCGAAGACAGGCUGGGAGUGCUAGCGCUCCUGGACGAGGAGUGCCGAGUGCCGCAGGGCUCCGACGGUGGCUUCGCGGCCAAGCUGCACGACAAGUGCGCUAAAUACCCGCACUUCUUGAAGCCAAGAUUCGGGGCAUCUGCCUUCAUAAUCAAGCACUUCGCCGACAACGUAGAGUACCAAGCCGGCGGUUUCCUAGAAAAGAACCGCGACACAGUAUCCGCGGAACAGUUGGAGUGCGUGCGAGCGGCGUCCUGCCGCCUGUUGCGAGCCGUUUUGCCGCCGGAGCAGGACGCCGCCGUCGCUUCUGCCACGCUGCCGCUACGCCGCCGAAACGCACCCGCACCUUCACCCAGUCUUACGCAACCGCCGCGCCGAGCGUCCGGCGGCAAACAGACAGUGGGCUCCCAGUUUCGGGCUUCCCUGUCCGCCCUCAUGGCAACCCUGUCUGCCACCACGCCGCAUUACGUGCGCUGCAUCAAGCCCAACGACACGAAGGAAGCCUUCCGCUUCGACCCGGCGCGGGCGGUGCACCAGCUCAGGUGAGACAACAGUGUCACAGUGUCAC